GCCUGCAUUGCAAUGUAGUAUAUUUGACGUUUUCUUUCUGAUUAUUCGAGGCCACGCAGCUAGGCGUUCGGAGCCUAAUUCUCCUUAUUUUUAAUAAAUUUAAAGAUCAUGGCGAAUCGAAAAGACCACGAGGAGACGGACAAGCAAACGCGUAUUGCAAUUGUUAGUGAUGACAAGUGCAAACCUAAGCGUUGUCGCCAGGAAUGCAAGAAAACGUGUCCCGUCGUGCGGAUGGGAAAACUUUGUAUUGAAGUAGCUCCCACUUCUAAGAUUGCUUUACUUUCGGAAGAAUUAUGCAUAGGUUGCGGUAUUUGCGUCACGAAAUGUCCCUUCAAAGCAAUUACGAUCAUUAAUGUUCCAAGCAACUUGGAGAAACAUACGACCCAUCGCUAUGGUAAGAACUCUUUUAAGUUGCAUCGCUUGCCCAUACCUCGACCUGGUGAGGUACUUGGUCUUGUUGGCCAAAAUGGAAUUGGAAAGUCUACUGCUCUGAAAAUUUUAGCCGGAAAGCAAAAGCCCAAUUUAGGUCGCUACAUGGAUCCUCCAGAUUGGACCGAAAUUUUGGCGUAUUUUCGUGGAUCUGAACUGCAAAAUUAUUUCACUAAGAUUCUAGAAGAUAAUAUAAAGGCACUUGUGAAGCCACAGUACGUCGACCAGAUACCCAAAGCCGUAAGAGGCUCUGUGUGUGAAUUGCUUAAUAAAAAAGAUGAUCGGAAAAACCAGGAAGAAAUUUGCAAAAUGCUGGAUCUGUUGCACAUACGGGAACGAAACAUUGCCGAUUUGUCUGGCGGAGAGCUGCAACGAUUUGCCAUUGCAAUGGUCUGCAUUCAAGAUGCUGACAUUUUCAUGUUUGACGAACCCUCUUCCUACUUAGAUGUAAAGCAACGUCUAAAUGCGGCUUUGACGAUACGAUAUUUAUUAGAUCCUAGCAAGUUUAUAAUCGUUGUUGAGCAUGACUUAUCUGUUUUGGACUAUUUGUCCGAUUUUAUUUGCUGUCUUUAUGGUCUUCCUGGCUGCUAUGGCGUCGUAACUAUGCCUUUCUCAGUCCGAGAAGGUAUAAAUAUAUUCCUGGACGGGUUUGUCCCAACCGAGAAUAUGCGUUUCCGUACAGAAUCCCUAACAUUCAAGGUUUCAGAGUCAGCCACUGAAGAAGAAAUUAAAAGAAUGAAUCAUUACGUGUAUCCUGCAAUGAAAAAGACACUGGGCUCUUUCUCUCUUACAGUACAAGAGGGGCACUUCAGCGAUUCUGAAAUUUUGGUGUUGCUUGGGGAGAACGGUACUGGUAAGACCACUUUUAUACGUAUGCUGGCCGGAAACUUGCAACCAGAUACCAACGUUGAUUUGCCGGUGCUAAAUAUUUCGUACAAACCGCAGAAGAUUUCGCCGAAAUUCCAAAAUCAUGUACGCCAUUUACUCCACGAAAAAAUCCGUGAUGCAUACGUUCACCCUCAGUUUGUUGCUGACGUUAUGAAACCAAUGAAAAUAGAAGAAAUUAUGGAUCAAGAGGUACAAAACUUAUCCGGUGGUGAAUUGCAACGGGUGGCGUUGGUGUUGUGUUUGGGUAAGCCUGCUGAUGUUUACCUUAUCGAUGAACCGUCUGCUUAUUUGGACUCCGAACAGCGUUUAGUCGCAGCAAAAGUUAUUAAGCGUUACAUUUUACAUGCCAAACGUACUGGCUUCGUGGUUGAGCACGAUUUUAUUAUGGCAACAUACUUGGCUGAUCGUGUCAUUGUUCUGGAAGGUCAGCCUUCGGUACAAACCACUGCUUACUCGCCUCAAUCAUUGCUUAAUGGUAUGAACAGAUUUUUGGAAUUGUUAGGUAUUACUUUCCGGCGUGAUCCAAACAAUUUCAGGCCACGUAUAAAUAAAAAUAACUCUGUAAAGGACACUGAACAAAAACGUUCCGGCCAAUUCUUCUUCUUGGAGGAUGACGGCAAAUAAGAUGCAGACGCAUGUACCCGUUGUUUCCAAGAACAUGAAAUAUCUUUCUCUAAUGAUUGCGAAAGACCCUUUUAUUUUUCAAUAGCAUCCUACCCGCAACAAUUCAACUAUAUUCUAGUUAACUCAAUAUUUCAAUGGUUUUCAUUAUUUUUGUAUUAUCAAUAGCAGCAAGAAUAUAAUAGGAAAAAAUAAAGCCUACCACACGAAAUAACAUA